GAACCAUUAAAGAUGGAAUAAACCAAGAAGGUAUCGAUUUCUACAACAGGUUUAUAGAUGAGCUACUCAGAAAUGGAAUAACACCUUUCGCGACAUUAUUUCACUUUGACCUACCUGUAACUCUGCAAGAAUCAUAUAAUGGCUUCUUAGACAAGAAGAUUGUAAAUGAUUUCAAAGACUAUGCCGAGCUUUGUUUUGAAAAAUUUGGUGAUCGAGUUAAGCAUUGGACUACAAUCAAUGAACCAUUUGUUUAUGGUGCAUAUGGAUUUAAGAUGGGCUUGCCUCAGGAGAAGAAGAAUGAUCCGAUGGCUCCAUAUAUCGCGACACAUAACAUCAUAUUAGCCCAUGCUGCUGCUACAAAGGCCUACAGAGAGAAGUACAAGGCCACACAAGGUGGAGAAAUCGGACUUUCAUUGGUAUGCAAGUGGUUUGAGCCACACACCAUGGACCCUAUGGAUCAUGAUGCUGCAAAGACUGCUGCAGACUUUGUCGUAGGAUGGUACAUGGAUCCCUUGUGUUAUGGUGAUUAUCCGGCUGCAAUGAAGGAGUGGGUGCAUGGACUUCCUGAAUUCUCCGAAGAGGAGAAAAAAUUAGUGAAAGGUGCCUAUGAUUUUAUUGGAGUCAAUUACUAUACUUCAAGAUAUGCAAGACCUGUUAAGCAGUGCACUAUUGACUUGGAAAAAGGCCACACCAAGCUUGAAUAUAUUGAGGAGAAAGUGGACAGAGAUGGAAAGCAUAUUGGGCUCUUGGCUGAUGGGAGUGACAAGAUUUACAUUUAUCCGGAAGGGCUGAGGGAUUUGCUGAUAUAUCUGAAAAAACAAUACAAAGACCCUAAGCUCUACAUCACCGAGAAUGGGGUUCCUUCAAAGCCCUCCAUCACAGUUUCAGUGAAGGAAGCAGAAGCAGCUGGGAAAAAAGAAGAAAUGGAUAAAGUGUUAAACGAUGAGUACCGGAUUGAUCACAUUCGUAAUCAUCUACGUGCUGUUCACGAAGCAAUAAGGAAGGGAGCGAAUGUGAAUGGAUAUUUCGUGUGGACACUGAUGGACAAUAUGGAAGUAGGAGAAGGAUACGAAGUAAGGUUUGGGCUAAACUAUGUGGAUUAUCUAGACAAUCACGAGCGCUAUCCAAAGAAGUCUGCUAAAUGGUUCUAUUCUUUCCUCAAGCCCUUGGCAAAAUUCAGUGGUACAGAAAUGUAGUGUCACCAUUUCUGCUGUUUGGACUGUGGUACUGAAAUGUAGUCUCUGUUCUGAAUAAAAUCAAAUUGCAU